ACACUGAUUUUCUCUUUUCCUUCCCGCGAUAACCACCACCUCCUCUUUUCCCCAGUCUCCGUCCGACCCCCACACAACGUGUCUAUCGUGCCCCGCACGAUAGCACUCACGUCGUUAUACGAAAGGACAACGAUUAGUUAAGAUCACCUCAUUGCCAUCAUGGCUCUUUUUUACGCACAAGGCGUGCCCAUCGGGUUCAUCGCCAUCAUGUUGGCCGUUUUGGCCUCAAUGGGAGGCUAUGACACGGGUCAAAUCUCAGAUAUUCUUCUUAUGGACGAUUUCCUACUGCGGUUCGCACAAUGUUCUACCCCCGGAGACGUCGGCACAUGUAACUUCUCCAUCGUCCGAGAAGGUCUCAUUGUCGCCCUACUCUCUAUCGGAACGCUCAUUGGUGCGCUACUCGGUGCCCGAGUUGCUGACGUUCUCGGACGAAGACGAGCGAUGAGCGCGGAAUGUGUCAUUUUCAUUGUAGGUGUUAUCGUCCAAAUCACUGCAGAACACGCCUGGGCACAAUUCGCCGUUGGUCGUCUGAUUAGUGGUUUGGGUGUUGGAGCACUCAGUGCUGCGGUACCGAUGUACCAAGCCGAGACUGCUCCUCCUCAAAUACGUGGUACCCUGACCGCAACAUAUCAGCUCUUCAUCACCUUUGGUAUUCUCGUCGCCUACUGUAUCUCCAUAGGCACCCGAAACGUCUCCGGCUCCGGCUCAUGGCGUAUCGUCGUUGGUAUUGGUAUUCUCUGGGCGCUCAUUCUCGGUAUUGGUAUUUUGUUCAUGCCUGAAAGUCCUCGGUGGUUGGCAAAGAAAGGCAGGUUCGAGGAAGCUAAGGUUGCUUUGGCGAGAUCGAGAGGUAUCCCUACCCACGAGGCGGAUGAUAACUUCAAGGUUCACCGUGAGUUGACGGAUAUGCGCACGGCCAUCGAACACGAGUCCGCCAUCCAAGCAACCUGGGCUGAUUGCUUCAGGCCUCAGAAUAAGCAACUGUACAGGACCCUCUUGGGUAUGACGCUGCAGAUGUUCCAGCAGCUUACUGGUGCCAACUACUUUUUCUACUACGGCGCUUCGGUCUUCAAAUCCGUUGGUAUCCAAGAUUCCUUCGUUACUCAGAUCAUUCUUGGUGCUGUUAAUUUUGGUUGUACGUUUGGUGGUAUGUACGUCAUGGAAAAGUUCGGUCGUCGGUACCCGCUCAUCAUUGGUGGUGUCUGGCAAUCAAUAUGGCUCUUCGUCUUCGCGGCCGCUGGUACUGCGAAGGACCCUACUCAGAACAAGGGUAUUGGCAUUUUGAUGCUUGUCUCCGCAUGCUUGUUCAUCUUCGGCUACGCCAUGACCUGGGCUCCAGGAAUCUGGAUCCUCACAGGCGAGACGUUCCCAACACGAACUCGAUCAAUGCAAGCCGCCCUCGCUGCUGCGUCCAAUUGGACUUGGAAUUUCUUGUUGGCAUUCUUUACGCCGUUUAUCACGAGAGCCAUUGCUUUCAGAUAUGGAUUCGUCUUUGCUGCAUGUAACUUGACGGGUGCCGUCAUUGUGUAUUUCUUCUUGUAUGAGUCUUCUGAUUUGUCACUUGAGAGCGUUGACAUGAUGUACUGCGACCCCUCUUGCAAACCCUGGACAUCGAGAAACUGGGCGCCGGAAGGGUUCAGUUCUCGUGCUGAGCUGGUGGAGCAAAGCAAAGCUGCUGAAGCUGGAAAAGGAUUCGCUGGUGAUGAGGAAAGUAGAAUUGAGCAUAAGAAUGUGAUUGCGAAUGGGGAUGAGGAUGGCGUGAAGGAGGUUAAUGGGAAUGUGAAGGGGACGAAUGGGUUUGCGAAUGAAAAGGUAUGAUCGAGUAUCUCUUCCUCCCUUCCUCCCUUCCUCCCUUCCUUCCACCCCUCACCCCAUCGUGUCUUCUUCUCUCGCAUUUGUAUGCUGAAGAUGAGAGAUGAAGACGAAGACGUUGCGAAAGUGAUACGCCCGACGCAAAGCAGGGGCGCUGCCAGUGUACUAAUUGUUAUAUACUAUCCACACGGUUAGAUGUCCUCAUUGGCAGCAUAUGUCAAGUACAUUAUAGUCGUACUUGCUCAUCUAAUUGCACAUACAUUUCAUUUGGUUGCAUUA